AUGAAUUUCAAUAUAAUUGUCCAUCACUCUCCGCAUCCAUUUAGGCUAGGGUCUGUCGGUCAGGACACACUUCUGUGUCUCUGGGAACUGACUGAGGACAUCAUUCGACAAGGCAUCCGGUUCUCCUCUACCACCGCCGCCGCACGCGAUAUUUCCUCGUCCUUCAAUAACUGCCUUGCCAUAAACGAUUGCGGUCCUGGUUGUAGAACCCUACCGCCACCUUCAACUGGCCUGCGCGAGGACUCCAUCCAGUAUGGCGGGAAAAAAAGUUCUACUGUAUUACCGUCGACUUCGUUGGUAUCCAAUACUAUGCCACACAACAAGAGAAAGCCAUUUAAUUUCCUUCUCACCUAUAGACCUAACCCCAAACCCACCGGCCAUUUCUCACCUGUGGUCACUACCGUCCCCACUGCUUUCGAGGAGUCCGGCAAGUCCUCAACGCUUACCGACAGUGGAGUAUCUUCUGGUAACACCGGUCUCUCCAGUGACCUUCGUGAUGGAGCCCUACACAAUCACGUCCAGCUCUCUUACAUAUCUUCCAGAGAGUAA